CGCGAGUUCCGUGUGUAUUGCGGAAAAUACCCUUUUUGGGCGUCCGACCACAUGUGUGAAUUGUGAACAAAAUAUGGUUCUUUUGUGAUUUUCAGUUAAAAAAGACCUUUUUCUCGGUGUUUCAUUCGCCUAAUUGAUAGAUAAAGUGCACUUGGUACGCGGAGUGCUCUAGAAAAUUGGAACAAGACGACGGAAGUGAAUUUUUUCGAUGUAAAUACGGUCGGUCCAGGGUCAAUCUGGUGUGCAUUGCGAACUGUGCGCAUAUUUCUUAGUGACCGAGUUUCUACGUGUUCGAUAUAACAGUUGAUCGUGUUGGACCUUCGAGUAAUUAUUAUUGUUCUUCGAUUUGUGGGUCCGGGCCAAAGCAUGGCGUAUUGAGAGGCAUGGCGCCGCGCUCGUGAUCGGAGGUCGGCGCGGAGCGCGCGCCUGCUUACAUAACGUAGCGGUGGUAUGGCCACGCGAGUGUCCGUCGAGGGAACGGGGCCCUCGUACGCGUCAGUGCUAAAUUUUGGUGGUGUUGAAAGUAAUAAAGAAAACAUUGAGUCCACGGAGAGCGUGGUGGAAGCUCCUCCUCGCCAAGAUGACGAGGAGGAGGAAGGGUUCGUGCCUGUGAUCUCGCACGCGCGUAGACCAGGCAAGAGUCGACGGGACCGGGAGCGCAGGGCUCCGCCGAGGCCUCACAAGACGCCUCAGGCAGCGCAUCCAGACGCGCCAGCUGUACCGGACCCGCAAGCACAACCUCAGCAGCCGCAGCAGCAAACAUCUGAGGCUCAGCCGAAGAAGUUUGUUGAAGCACCUAUACCCAAGGUCAACCCUUGGCAGGUGCGCGGCGGCAGUACAGGCGUGCCGCCGCCCGCGCCGCCGGCGAUACACGACCACGAGAAGCGAUCGCCGCUGCUGCCGCAACACCAGCAGCCGACGAGGCCGCAACUGCUGGCUGCUUCUUCAAGUGCAAGUGCAGGUGCUGUCGGUGGUGUAGCAGCUGUGGGACCAGGUGCUGCAGGGGUUGCGUCUGCGAGUGUGGGGCCGGUGGUGACAGCAGCCGCGGAGCCUGCGGCCCCUCCGCCGCCGAAACCUACGGUCGUCAAGGCGACCAAGAAUGUUAAAAUCAAUCAAAAGGCAUCAGACUUCACCGACAUAGGCGAUUGGCCGACGCUAGGCGCGGCGGUCGCCGGUGCGAGAUGUCACUCCACACCGCCGCCGCACGACGCCGAUCCUGCACAUCAUAAUGGGAAUGCGGACCAAGAACGCAAACCGCCUGAAGAAGCGCCUAAGCCAGAGAAGGUGGAACAUCAUAACCAUCACCAGCCGACGCCGGGCGAGAGGCAUCCGCCCAACGAGCGCAACAAGAGCUCCGGAGGCGGUAAGGGCGGCAGCAAGUCCGGGAAGCACAAAUGGGUGCCGCUCGAUAUAGAUGUGAAAGCGGCGAGGCCCGGCAAGCACGCGCAGCACGGCUCCCGGGCAGAUGAUACAGUAUCGCUGAACGGCGAGGAGCGCGGGCGCUUCGCCCCCGGCGGCGGGCGGGGGCGGGGCUCCGCCCGCGGUCGUGGAGCCCGACGGCCCGGAGCCCGACCCGCUAGUGUGCACGCGCAUCCACACGCUGUGUACCACCACCCUGAGUUCCAUCAUGAUAUGCCGCAGCUGCGCGUAGCUCAGCCGCCGCUCCCCCAGGGCCUGGUACUCCACUACGGCAUCGGAGCCCUAGCGCCUCCGCCCCAACUGGCACCUCCUUUGGCACAAGCGUACUACUUCGGUGCGGCGGCCGCAGGCGGAGCGCCCUACGGGAUAGGGCUCGAUCAAGUGACGCUCAAGGAUCUGAUUAAGAAGCAGAUCGAAUACUACUUCAGCCCGGACAACCUGGCGCGCGAUUUCUUCCUUCGCCGCAAGAUGUCCGCCGACGGCACCAUACCGGUGACGCUCAUAGCGUCGUUCCACCGUGUUCGAGCGCUAACAGCUGAUGUGCAGCUCGUGUUGGAUGCUAUACGGGACUCGGAUAAGCUGCAGCUGCUGCAAGGGUUCAAGGUGCGGACAGCGUUCGAGCCGACAAAAUGGCCGAUACUCGACAUAACACCAAGCAGUGCCGACGACGAACGUUCAGAGAGACACGUACACGAUGUAGAGAAAAGAGAAAUAGUGCAGGAGGGAGAGAAAAGAGAAAUGGUACAGGAGGGAGAGAAGAGAGAAAUAGUGCAGGAGAAAGGAGGGGAAACAAGUGGGGAUGUUGUGCAAGAGGCAGAUGGGAAAGUUGUAACGCAAACUGAGGAGGAAAAGAGGAUAGAGAAGGAAGAGGAAGAGAAAACCGCACCGCCACCUACAUACGAGGAAGCAACAAAAUCGAACCCGGAACAAGCGAACCCAACAACUAGUGACGUCACACGCGUGAACACCGAUGAACAUAAUGAACAGAAGAGUGAAAGUGUACAGAAGGAUGAAAUUGGUGAACAGAAGAGUGAAACUGGUGAACAAAAGGGUGAAGUGAGAGAUGACAAGUCUGUAGAGUCUAACGAUGACCCGCCGCUGCAGUCUGAUGGAUCGGAUAAACCGGGCGAAAAACGUCGCAAAAAGCAAAUGGUCGGCAUAUUCCCGCUAGCGACUAUGGGCGGGCCGCUAGUAGCGCCCGUGUCUAGCUUGUUGAGAUGCGUUCCACCGCCGCCGUUGCCGAGAAUGUUCCGAAGCGGUCGCGGCACGGGUGCAAAUUCUCCGCCCCGGGAUAAUCUUAACCCGGACGUGCCGGAAUUCGUGCCGCAGGCUGUUAGACAGCAGGACCCAAACGCUGAAAAAUCGGGACCAACAGUCGGACAAACAGCCAACAGUCCCGCUUCUGAACGAAGCGAUCCAGACGUGUGGACAGAGGUGAAACGCCGUCCCAAAGCCGGUUCACGUGAACGCGGGGCCCCUCGUUCGGAGCCGGAAGAAGCGAGGGAAGAAUUGCACUUUCAGCUAGAUGAGGAGUUGGACUUACCGCCGCCGAGACACAACACGUUCACGGACGCGUGGUCCGACGAAGAAUCGGACGUCGAGUUCACGGACGGCGACAUCGGACGUCUGCUCAUAGUGACACAAACGACUGCGCGCGCGCCGAAACACGACGGGCACGACCGUCAGGGCGAUUGGGCCACGCGUACCAAGAUCACGCAGGAUUUGGAACAGGUCAUCACAGAUGGACUCAGACGCUAUGAAGAGGACUUGUGGAAUGAAUAUUCGUCGUGCGGCAGCGCGGGCAGCCAGUACCGCACGGUGUCGCUGAUCUCGCGCGAGCAGUUCGAGGGCCGCGUGCCGAGCGAGCGGCACCGCAACCCGUGCGAGCCGCCGCCGCCGCCUCCCAUUGGACACCAGAUGGACGCGACCCAAGAUGCGGGUGGUAAAGUGAAGCGGCCGCGACGUACGGCGCGUUUCUACGCGGCGAGCAAGGACCCACAUGCCACCGACGUUAUAAGUAGCCGCAAGCACAAGACGCGGCAUAGCCUCAACCCGCCGGUGGAGCACCACAUCGGUUGGAUAAUGGACGUGCGCGAGCACCGUCGGCACCAUCGGGACAGCGGCUCGUCGCUGGGCACGUCCCCGACGCUGGGCUCGUCGUGCGGCUCGGCGCCGCAGUCGCUGCCCGCGUUCCACCACCCGUCGCACGGGCUGCUCCGCGAGAACCACUUCACGCAGCAGGCCUACCACAAGUACCACUCGCGCUGCUUGAAAGAACGCAAAAAGCUCGGCAUCGGACAGUCGCAAGAGAUGAACACGCUGUUCAGAUUCUGGUCGUUCUUCCUGAGGGACCACUUCAACAGGACCAUGUACAACGAAUUUAGGACACUAGCGAACGAGGACGCCGCGGCCGGUUUCCGCUACGGGCUCGAGUGUCUGUUCCGCUUCUACUCGUACGGGCUCGAGAGGAAAUUCCGCCCGGAACUCUACCAGGAUUUCCAGCAUGAGACCAUGGCUGACUAUGAGAAGGGUCAACUAUACGGCCUGGAGAAGUUCUGGGCGUUCCUCAAGUACUACAAGCACGCGGCCGCGCUCCAAGUGGAGCCCAAACUGAAGGGAUACCUCGCUAACUUCAACACUAUCGAAGAUUUUAGAGUGCUCGAGCCGCAACUAAACGAACUGCUCGCACCGAACGCGGUCGGGCGCGGACCUCACGCACGACCGUACGACCGGCACCGCUCCGUGUCGGAGAGCGACCGUGCGCACGCGCAGCGCCCCUACAGCUUCAAAGCGCCGGUGUCUGGCGGCAACGAGCGGGGACGCGCCGGCUCGUGCGGUGCUCAGAGCGUUGUCGCUAUUACGCGUAAUCGCCCGCAAAAAUCGAAAGGCGACCACAGCGGUGAAUCGAAACAGGCGGUCGCCGCGCGAACGCAGUGACGAGAUACGCGCGCACAUACACACAAACACACGCGUGCACAGACUGAACCGUUUACAUUAUAAUAUAUAGGACAUUGCAUUUUUAUAAAUACCCGCGAAAUUUUGAAAAAUUACAAAAAAAAAAUACAUACAUAAAUAAUCAGACUAUUAGUGAUAAGUGUUGAACACUAAAGUGUUAAGUGGUUUUCUUUAUUUUAUUCUCUAUGUUGUCUCUAUCGUGUCUAUAAUAGUGCGGUUUAAUACCGGUUUCGGAUCGGUAAUACCGAUUCGAUUGAUACCGGUUUUUUUACGAUACGAUGCGGCGUGGUUGCGGUUUUCUGGGAUUGCAGGCUGUGUGUGGACGAAGCAUAGCUUGUAAACGCAUCGACAAUAAGGCUACGCGUUGCACGCAUUCUGUAGCUAUAGUAACCUAUUUACGACAAACUAUAUAUUUAUAUAUAUUUUUGAAAUUGUAAUAUACAUUAAAAUUCGAUAUAGUAGUCCUAGCAUUUUAAACGUACUACCGCUCCUGCGUUUUAACUUAAGUAUAUAAUUAUCGGUAAAUAUUUGUGAGAAUACAGAUUAUAAAUACAAUUGCAUAAUCUGUGGUCUCGCAAAUGUUUAGAAAAUAUCAAUUGUAUUUCAGAUAAAGUAAUUACGGUGUUUUAUUAUGCAAUCUAGAUGUAAUUAACGCGGGAUAAUAACGUCACACGAUUAUUUUACUGGUGUUUCGCAGUCUGUGGCGUGAUGACGUCAGCUGUCAAAUUCUAUUACGUCAGCUGUCAAAUUCGAUUGCGUCAGCUGUCAAAUUCGAAUGUUGGUUGAAAUCGGCUGUCGGAUUCGAUGACGUCAGCUGUCAGAUUCGAAAUUUUGGCGGGAAUAUUGGACUUGUCAAUUUGGUCGUUGUAAAUUGUUUUUUUUUGUCUUGUCUACGAUGAUUUAUUCAUACUAUAACUAUGUGAUGCGUAAAAUGUCGUUCGCGUAGGCAGCGCUAGAUCUCGAUUUCCAACUAAAUAUGUACAGUGUUAACUUCUUCUGAUAGCGAAAAAAAAUAACGUAAUACAUAAUAUUAAUGAGUAAUAGCGGUGUUUUGGCGUCUUCGUUGAAGUUCUUUCGGUCGAGUGUCGGAAAGACUGGCUGUAUGCUAAUAAUAUUAAUAUUAUAUAGACGAAAUUUGUAAAAAAGUUGAAACGAUUCUUUCUCGGUAGUGCUUAGAUGUUCUUUUCGGUAUAAUUUCGCGGUCGCGCGCGGUUUACGUAUACAGGUUUGGGGAUAGCGGCACAAAAAAUUAUUUCUUAUCAAAUGUACUACAUCAAUUUUCAUAAUUAUUAUUAUAUAGUAGUAAAUUCCUAAACCGUAAUUAUGAUGAAACUCGCGCAGCGGCCGCAACGCAAUACUGCCACACGUAAAGCACACGGACUAUCGUAUUUAGAUAUUAUUAUAUGCGUGUAUGUUUGAAUUGUAUACGUCACGGAAAUAAAGCCGGUUUAAAAUCGUCUAAAAUAGUAUGGGGUGUGCGAACGAGAUGGCUUGAUGAUGACAUGCGAGUUGGAAAGAGAUAGAUGUAUUUCGUUGAUUUUGGUGCUGCGAACCUAGCAUGUGUGGAAAGGCCUAAAGAGCAGAUAUUAUUGAAGUAUAAUAUAUUCGAUCUAGCUUAGAUUUCUUUGAAAAGUAAUGCAUAAUAUUUGAUUUCUAAUUUCAUAAUGCUUUAAAUUUAAAAAAAAAGUUUAUUGUUGAAAUAUUAAGGAUUUGAUCAACAACGACGUUGCUAGGCAACAGCGAGUGACCAUAGAUUAUAAUAUAUUGAUAAAAACUGCCUUUUGUCAUUUAACUUUUAAGUUAACAUUAUGUUUCUCAAAUUAAAAAGGAAAUUAAAACAGAAAUUAUUGUCCAUAAAUGAAAUUAAACACGGCGAUGUUUCCGUGACGGACGGACAUUUCAAUUUUUUAUUAUUGUAUAAUAUUCAUCGUGGUUCACAUAGUUUAAGUAUAGAUAUGUAUUGAUCACGUUUUGAGGUUUUUGUGACACAUCUAGAAUUGCGAAACAUUUUAUGAUGAAAAUUCGACUCGAUCAUGCUUCCGUAUAAAAUUUGAUUGUAAUAUUAACGUUAAUUUUGCAAAUCAACGUCCAGAUCAUUCUAUGAAAUCGUAAUAAAAUUGGGUAUAAUAAAGAAAAGGUUCACAAAUCAUACAUUUUUAAAUAACAAAAUUACUUUCCCGCCAAAGCAAGUGACAUUUUGAUUUUUUUCUCGAUUAUGGCAAUGAGCAAAGACUCGGCAAUUUAUAGAUGUGUCACUCGAACAACAGCACUAACUUGCUCAAUAUGUUUUUUUUUUAUUCAUAUGUGUUAUUUGACUGCGUUUGGAUUGUUUAAAUUGAAAGACGAUAGAGUAAAAAUUAACUGACAUGAUUCUUUCGUCGUCUUUCGUCUGAAUUAUGACGUCAUAAAAGUUUAAAAAUGAUUUAAUUUUUCAAAUUCUCAAAGUUUAUAUGGAAGAUACUUCUUAUGAAAACAGACUAAGUUUCUAUCCAUAGCGAUUUGUAUUUUUAUAAAAAAAUAAUAUAAAUUGUAACAAUCAAAUCAAAUCGUCUUUCAUUUUGAUCGAUUCAUUGCGUAAUUACAAUUUAACGAUGUAAUGUAUAAGCAAUCUUAUGUAUAUUGCACUAAUAUAAAAAAAUAAUAAGGGUGUGUCGAUGAUUCUUUUUUUUUCUCUUCUAGUGUGUAAGGAUGCUUUUUUAAAAAUAAUUGUAUUCGGUGCGUGGUUGCUAAACGAUGAAAUUUUGACAUAUACAUACAUAUAACCUAAUUAAUUCCCUCUGUUACCAUAUACUACAACUCACGCACCUGAUUUUUUUUAGGUUAAAACGCUUUGGUCGCUUCUAUAUCAUGUAUAACAUAGUUCCUAAUAUAUUUUUAAAGCCGUUAGCAUUUUUUUUAUUAUUAUUCCAAUACGCCGCAGAAAUCGCGUUCGAAAAUUAACCGUUUCGCGCCAAAAUAGGUGAAAUUCUAGUGAAAAUUAAAAAAAAUGUUUUAGAAUAAUACACUAACAACGAAAUUUUAUAGGCUGUUAGGGAAAUUAAAAAGCGAACAGUCUAUUUUAAUUGUCUGUGGUUGGUUUCGAUUUCUGUGGCGCGAAAAUUUGAACCAUUUAUUCGUACCGUCCCCUUUUUAGCGUAAUGGGUAGGUGGAUGGGAAGCGAUCAAGUGACCGUCUUGGUGUAGUUUUUAAUAUAUCCAAGUGUCUAGACUAGCUUCAAAAGCAGCGUUUAGACAUUUUUAAAUAACUAAUUUGACUUGGAUAAUAUGUAGUUUUCAGACGAAAUCAUAAAUUAAUGAGUACAUGAUUUUAUGUAGGGAGAAUUGUAUUAGUAGUGAAUAUUGCUUGCUUUCUGAUUCUCCUCAAUUUUUAUUUUAAACUAUGAAAUAUUAUGUCAUGAACUUGCCGUAAUGAUUAACUAUGGAGAUGACAUCUAAAAUUAAAUAUUAAAAACUCCAUCAUGACGAAUUUUUUUUUAUGAUGAUUUGUUAAGUUUUUUAAGUUAGUCAGUAUGUAAUUUGUUGCAAUUUUCUUCGAAAGUAACGCCAAAGGAGACGAUGAUUAAACAAACAUAAAAAAAAACUUAAAUUUUUUAGGAUUAUUGUAUAAAUGAAAAUACAAAAAAAAAAUGUUGCUGUUAUCAAUUAAGUGGUGUAAAAUAAAUGUUUUAGGAACGCGACGUAUCUUUCCAGUGUCAGACAUUUUCUUUUGUUGAUUUGACCUUUUUUGGAUUUUAAUUUUUUCUAACAGGUUGUUUGUAAAAUACUGAUGGUAGGUGAGAUAGUCAGUAAUUUAGGUGUAUUCUUUGGAGUUAAAUUAAGAAUUUUUAAAAUAAGCGUGCUUGAUUCGUCAGUCGAGGUCUUGUGUUCCGAUCAUCCUGUCUAAAUAAUAUGAGGUGUAUGUUUUCCGAAAUAUUUGUUCCUCUUUGUCUGAAAUAAGCCGAGGCUGGCGUAGUAGAAGGCUGUAAGUUAUACAUAAUAUACAUAUUAUUAUAUUGAUAAAUAAAUUAAUAAUAAAA